UCCCGGGUGCCAGAGAUGAUGUCUAGAUUCUCCUGAUUCAUGGUCCCAGCGUGUCUUCACAGGCCUGGCCAGGAGGCAGGAGGCAGGAGACCUGAUGACAUCACCCUCCCUUAUCAGACAUAAAAGCUCCUGCGGGAACUGCAGACCUUCUUCUGAUUCCGCUGCAGCCGACCCAGAGCCAUGACUUCCCGAUGCUACAUCCUGGCUCUCACCACCGCUGUCUUCAUCAUCAGCCUCCUCUGUGCCCAUGGAGCCCCAGUGUCCCCCACGGGUGCUCAACUGAUGCUGUGCCAGGCACACUCCAGAUGUGGGGACAAGUUCUACGACCCCCAGCAGCACUGUUGCUAUGACGAUGCCGUGGUGCCCUUGAGCAGGACCCGGAAGUGUGGAAACUGCACCUUCAGGGUCUGCUUUGAGCAGUGCUGUCCCUGGUCACUCAGACCCCAGGAGACCUUCGUGGUAAAAGUGAGAGGCCAGGGCUGUUGUGUGGCACCCACCUUGGAUGACAGGGUUUGUUCCAGUGUCAGCUGA